GCUGGGGCCCGCCCGCGGGGCCGGCCGCCUGUCAGAGGGAGGUGGCGAUGGUGCGCCCGGUGGCGGCGGCGGCUGCGGCGGCUUCCCCGGUACGAGCGCAGCGGGGAGAAGAUGACUGACCGACCGACUGACUGAAUGAAUGAAUGGCGAAGCCGAGCGCGCCAUGAGGAGCCGGCCGAGCCUGGGCGGCCUCGCCCUGUUGUGCGCCGCCGCCGCCGCCGCCGCCUCAGCCACCUCGGCGGGGAAUGUCAGCGGUGGCGGCGGGGCCGCGGGGCAGGUGGACGCGUCGCCGGGCCCGGGGCUCGGGGGCGAGCCGAGUCACCCUUUCUCUGAGGCCACGGCUUCCACGGCCCAGGCCCCGAGGACCGGACCCCCGCGCGCUCCUGUCCACCGACCCCUGGCUGCGUCCUCCACAGCCUGGCCGCCGGAGACCACCCCUGCUCCGGCCACGGCCCGACCCGCUCCGACCACCUUUCGGGCGCCGCUCGGCCCCGCGCCGACCACCCCUCGGGCGGCGACCGGACCCGCGCCGACCACCCUCUCGACGACCACCGGCCCGGCGCCGACCUCCCCGGUAGCGACCGCGGUGCAGGCGCCCACCACUCCCCCGAUCCCGACCUCCGUUCUCCCGGGCGGCGGCGGCGGCGGCAGCGUCCCGCCCACCCCACCUGCCACCCAGGCUCCCUCUCCGCCUCCCCCAGAAUAUGUGUGUAACUGCUCUGUGGUCGGAAGCCUGGAUGUGAAUCGCUGCAACCAGACCACAGGGCAGUGUGCGUGUCAGCCAGGUUAUCAGGGUCUUCGCUGUGAAACCUGCAGGGAGGGUUUUUACCUGAAUCAUACUUCCGGGCUGUGUCUGCCAUGUGACUGUAGUCCACGUGGAGCCCUCAGCAUACUCUGCAACAGUUCUGGGAAAUGUCAGUGCAAAGUGGGUGUCACCGGCUCUUCGUGUGAUCGAUGCCAAGAUGGAUAUUAUGACUUUAAUAAGAAUGGGUGCUUGCCCUGCCAAUGCAAUAAUCGGUCUGCCAGCUGUGAUGCCCUCACAGGUGCUUGUUUAAAUUGCCAGGAUAAUAGCAAAGGGGAUCACUGUGAAGAAUGCCGAGAAGGAUUUUAUCCUGAUGCCACUAAAGAGUGUCUUCGCUGCCCUUGUUCAGCAGUGACAUCUACAGGCAGUUGUAUCCUAAAAUUGGGUGAAUUAGAACCCGAAUGUGUCCAGUGUAAAGAGGGUUACACAGGCCAGAACUGCAAUGCAUGUGACGAUGGCUAUUACAAUUCGGACAGCAUCUGUAUGGAGUGCCAGUGUCAUGGCCACGUGGACCCAAUCAAAACCCCAAAGAUCUGUAAGCCUGAGAGUGGUGAGUGCAUCAGCUGCCUCCAUAACACCACUGGGUUUUGGUGUGAGAACUGCCUAGACGGUUAUGUUCGAGACCUCGAGGGAAAUUGCAUCAAGAAAGAAGUUAUUGUUCCAACACCUGAAGGUUCUACCAUUUUGGUUUCCAAUGCCUCUUUGACCACAUCAGUGCUCACCCCUGUUAUAAAUAGUACAUUUACCCCUACAACCCUGCAGACUAUCUUUUCAGUAAGCUCUGCUGAAAAUAGCACAUCAGCUUUAGCUGAUGUAUCAUGGACCCAGUUUAACAUCAUCAUUUUGACAGUCAUCAUCAUUGUGGUGGUGCUGCUGAUGGGUUUUGUGGGGGCUGUGUAUAUGUACCGGGAGUACCAAAACCGGAAACUCAACGCCCCCUUUUGGACCAUUGAGCUAAAAGAAGACAAUAUCAGUUUCAGCAGCUACCAUGACAGCAUUCCCAAUGCAGAUGUGUCAGGAUUGUUGGAAGAUGAUGCCAAUGAAGUGGCUCCCAAUGGGCAACUGACCCUGACGACACCAAUACACAACUAUAAAGCCUGAGGAGCUAGAGCUGUUCUCCUGGCUUGUGAGGCCACAGUGCUUACUAAGACAGCGUUAGCCCCUGGGCCAAACACAGCCUGGGUAGAGUCGCUGAGAUGAGAAAGCAAAGGCAUACAUUGCAUCUGAAAUUUUCAGGUACAAAUUUGUAAUGUACUUAGCCUAUUACUCUUAGAUUUCCCAUGAAGAUCUGAAGCAGUCACUAACAAUAAGGACUUGAAGUAAAGUAUAUUUUUAUACCAAACCACAUGGAAAUGUAGGAAGGCUGAACCUCAUAGUGCAGCCCAAAUCCACUUUGACCUCCAAAUAGACUCCUGGGGAAGUGUUCACCAAACCAGCGGAAACAGGAUGAUGGAUGUGGAGGGGAAAGGAUUGCCCGAAGACUUCAUCUUCAUUCCUGAAACACAUCUUUUUAAAGGAGGGUCAGGGGUGAUAUUCAUUUUACUGUACUUAAAGACAUCAUUGAGCAAAAGCUGAAGUUUGGGCUGUAUCACAAUAAACAAUCUUGAUUAUUUCUAGAAUAGGGGCAGAAAAGUCCCAAGAAGAUCUUUAGAAGGGUUUGAGUUUUUCUCCCAGAAUUCUUGCUCAGUGAUAAGAUUAAAGCACAGGAUAAGCUUCUAAUGAUAGAGAGAGGAAGACUGUGUCUGGGAGCAGGAAGCAGAUGGUCCUCCUUAGGGUCUCAGUGUAAAUGAUAAAUUGUCUAAAAAUAAGGAAUACUCCUGCCCCCUAGAGAAAUAAGGUGUAUAUAGUUAAUGUAGAAUAUCUGGUCAACAUUGUAUUUGUAUCUAUUUGUAAAAAAAAAAAAUCAUGUCAUAUUUUAUCAUCUAGAAUUUAUUUGUACAGCAGUUAAUGGCGUUGUAAAAAGAAAAUAUGGGGAUAAAGUACUGUAAAAUAGGCGGCAGUAUUGCUAGAGCUGGGACUCUGGUGAGCAUCCGUCAUUUUUAGUCCCUCUUUGGACAUUGUUGAAAUUUAUAAGAGGUUGGAUGUUUCUAAUUUUUCUUUCCCUUUUUCAAUCUAAAAGUAGAGUUCUAUGGUCUUUGACGUCCUAUAGAUUCAAGCAAUAGAUUUUGAAGACAGUGAUUGUUAAGCUGGGACGCAGGCUGCGCUCUCCAAACUACUCACCUAAUUAGACAUUAGCAUCUAUACAUUUUACAUAGAUUAAUGUAGAACGUAGUCUCAUUAAAGAAAACUUUUUUUUAAUGUAAAAGAUAGUCUUCCAAAGGAAUUAAAAAUAUUUUGGUUCCAAAAGAAAAACCAUCAAAUCACUUGGGAUCCCCUGUGAAAUAUCAUGCCUGUGGAAUAUUUAUAUUCCCGCCCCCGCCCCCAGAUACCUCCUGCGUUUGAACGUAGCCUGUCACUCACGUGCCAUGAGGUGUGUUCCAUCUCUCUGCAGUGCUACAGUUCUCGUAUCUUCUUCCUGUCUGGUUAGAGGGUAGCUCUGUAGUUGAGUGGGUAUAGUUAGUCCUUGCUUUUAGACACAAUUUUUUCUUAGAGGCCAUCUCUGCCUUUGCUCUCAUCUAAUUAUGAUAUUGACAGAUUGUAGAUUAAGCAAGCCAGGAAAAGCAGCCAGAAGUCAAAUAUAGAUGUUUAUUAGGAGGAAGACCAAACUGUCAAGUGGUUAGAAAAAAAAGCAAAGAUUAGACCUAGGAAAUCCAAGUUGAUAACUUUGCCUAACUUCCUGAGAGAAGAACCUGGAAUUUGGUCAUCCCUCUGUAGUUCUCAGGGUUUGGAGAGGAUGCUCUGGAGGAGGCACAGGUAAUCUCAUAACCUGAGGUGCUCUGAAUAGUUGUCCGUUGCUUGUGAAAGUAGAGGUUACUUUACAUUACAUUACAUUAAAAUUAGUUACUAUUUCUAUAACCCUUUGCAGUUUGCAAAGUGUCUUUCCAUAUGUGUGUCCUUUGUUCCUCACCAUAGGCACCUGAGGAAGUAAUUGUUGUUCCCAUUUUAGAGGUGAGGUUAAAUGUCUUGUUCAAGACUCCACAAUAUGUCAUUAUUAGGCUUGGAAUCAGGACUCCUAACUCUGAAGCACAUGCUCUUUCAACUAUAUGUUUGUGCAGAAGUUGCCCAGCCACGGACACAAGAAGGCUGGGAGGAAGAGUCCCAUCUGUGAACGUUUCUAAUUUUUGUAAGUACAAGGUACAAUCCAGGGCCAUACAGCCAUGAAGCACUUUGUGGAAAGAACACAGGAGGAUUACUCUCUGAAGCCAGUGUUGGUGAUAAGAAAAUAAAAAUACCAGUUUGUGCUUCAUUAAAGUGAACUGAUCCUUCCAAGCAGGGAAAGAAAACCUGAUUUCCCCAGCGGCGGCCACAUAUGCAUGUAUAGACUGUGUAUGCACGGUUCCAAGGAACUGUGUAAAGUGACCUACCUGCCUUUCCCCCAGACUGUCUCCCCCUCAAAGCCAGGGAUUGAGGAUGGUGAGAAAUAAAUGUUUGUUAAACAGACGUUAGCCCAAUAGAAAAAGAAAGAGUUUGUUGGGGUCUAAGAGUCAAAGCCAAAUAGUCCGGAUUUUGGCCAUGUAGAGAUUCCUUGAAACACACCUGGAAAGAUAUUGCAAAAACUGAAUCAAAAAGAACAUUUACCUUUAAAUAUUUAUGAAUGGCUCCUAGGUCAUGUUCUUAAUUUUUCUUGAUGGAAAAAAAUUAAGGUCUUAAAAUGUGUUCUGAAUAAUAUUCUUUAGUAUCCCAUGCUUCUGCUGGUGGAAAUAAUUUUGCUCUAAAAUAGAAAUCAAUCAUGAAGUGAUCUACCACCAAGAUCAGACUAGGAACGCAGUAUGGGGUGCAUGACACCAUGGUCGUUCCUCUGAAGGCAUCAUCCCCGUGGGCUACGGCAUUUAGCACCAGGACCCCGCAUGUCCUUUAGAAAGACUAAUAUUGGAAGAAUUUUGGUCUAAGGAUUAGGGAUGUGUUUAUUUUCAAAUGAGGUAAGACUAGUGUGAAUCUUACUGAUGAAUGACAGAUACUGCUAUUAAGUGAUCCUCGUUAAGUAUGUCUGUCCUCCUUUACUUUCCCAUCCCUCCCUCCAUCCUCUAGCUCCCAGAGGUCUCUUACUAAUGGAAUUUCUCCAGUUAUAGAGAAAAGUGAUAAUAAAAACUUAACCUCAUUUAUACUUAUAUGUUACUCCUAGGGAUACCUGCAUUUUAAGAGAGGAGAACAGAGCAAACAUGGAAUGGGAGGAGGGAGAUUUGAGGGGAGAGGAUUUGUGGAAGCAUCAAAUUAUAUGCCUGCUCUCUAGCCCCAAUAUUCCCAGGAAAGCUGACCAUUAAAGCAAUGCUCACUGGCCCACUAGCUCAUUUUGGUCAGCUGAGUGCCCUGAGGACCCUUGGUCCUUCGUGUGCUGUUUUGGAGCCAGAGAGCUGAAGUAACAGUACCUCCUCCUGACAGCCUCAGUCCGGACUGGGUUAUUAAAUCAUUCACCUUGGUCCUCUAGUUUUUGUAGGACAUAUGGUGAACACAGCAUCACUUAUAAUGAACAUUCCCUGGUUCUUACAUUUUGAGGUAUGUGGGAAGGAGUUGAAUUUAUAUGUCUCAAGGAAAGCUCUCUGACAAAAAUUUCAGAGAAGUAAAAAGCAACCCAAUGUAACCUGUUAGAGCAAAGAAAGCAUUUCUAGCCUCAUCCACAAAGAACCUUUGGUCUGUGAUGAUCAUCUUGAUAGGGAUUUGGGAGCUAAAAUGAGUUCGCUGUGUGCAGGGGAGUAAUGGAAGGUUAAUGCAACGUUUCCCUUCAGCCCUGAGCCAGUGACUGUGCCAAGGGGAGGAGUGGGAAGAACACACUGAGUCAUGCGAAGAGGUCAAGUGAUAUAACAUGGACUAAAAAGGUUAUGGGUCAUCAAAAUGUCAGUGGUCGAAUGAUGCUUUUUCAAAGGCCAUUGGGAACCUUUCUUACUUAUUACGCAUAUGCAGUUACUGCACCAGCAGCCCUAGAACGUGAGCCCAGGCUUCAGGUGUGCGCUAGUCCAAGAGCUAACUGAUUUAAAGCGACGUUUUCAUGCUAGGCACAAGCACUCUGUAAUACAUUAAAUUUCAGCCCAAGCGAUUGGGGAGUGUUUCUGAAACAUUAAACUUGUAUUUAUGUCACUAAAAUUCUAACACAAAUUUUAAAAACAUGUCUCAUACAUAUACUGUACUAGGCUUCAUGAUGCAUUUCUAAAUUUGUGUAUGAUUUGAAUAUAUGAAAGAAUUUAUACAAGAGUGUUAUUUAAAAUUAUUAAAAAAUAAAUGUAUAUAAU